AUGCAGAAGGCAUUUUAGCGUACUGAACAAGAACAAACCGUUUUUUACAACGAAAUAAUAAUUCAAGUAAGCCAAUCGUGACACGCCACCCCAAAACAAGAAGUUUAAUCAUCAAGUUUCCUAAAGUUUUUUGAGGGGGGGGGCACAAAAUAGCACAGACAGAACGUUGUUGGGAAACUUUUGUAGCGGGCUCCCUAAAACACGACCAGAGAGGAGGAAGAGGCAUCCUCCGAGUCAGUGGAGUUGCUGUGGGGCAGGGUGCUGUCCUAUGGGAUGGAUGACGGCCAGCAGGAUCAGUACGAGGAGCGUCUGAAGGAGGUCUUUGAGAGUUUCGACACCAGUGGCGCCGGGUUGCUGUGCCCCGAGGAGCUAUCUGGCCUGUGCCAGGCCCUGCACCUGGAGGAUGCCACACCAGCACUGCUCCAUGCCCUGCUGCAGAACCAGGACCGACUCACUGACAGGGUUGAUUUUGACCAGUUCAAGAAUGCUUUAAUUCUGGUGUUGUCGACGACUACAGCAGCACCGUCCAGUCAGGAGGCAACAUGUGCACCGCCACAGCCGGACUCACCAGUCCAAGCUAAGUUUGUGCGGGGUAGUAAACGCUAUGGCCGGCGCUCUACACCAGAGUUCAUCGAGACCAUCGCAGACUUCUCAGAGGUGGUGAGCUCAGAGGCUACAGGGCAGCAGGAGCCAGAGGACCAUGACUCCACUGUACCGAGGAAACGUGAGCGCUGGAACGCUCAUGAAAGCAGUACGGACGAGUAUGAGGCAGAUGGCCAGCUGCACCUGUGGAACCCGGAUGACCCCUCUACCCCGCGGGGCUCCACAGUGCCCCUGUCAGACCGCCUGGAGGAGAGGUUACAACAGGCCUGUGAAGAGCUGGCUAUGCCCUGGGACGGAUGUGCCAGCCACCAUGAGCUACUGGCUCUCUGUAACCACCUGGACCUGGAGGUGACGGAGGAUGUCCUCCAGGUUCUAAGUGGUGACGGGAUCAUGAGCGUGCAGGCGUUUACUUCCUGGGUUCUGAACCACGCCAAGCCCCCUACCCCGUCUGCCUCCACACCUUACAGACAGCUGAAAAGACUACACUCCUCACAGCAGUUUGAUGAGACGGGCCGUAGGACCAGCUGUAUGACCAGCACCAUCAGGAUGUGUCUGUUCUCUACUCUGGAUGAUGGGACAGGGUCCGCUCCUGCUGAGGACGUCCUGGAUGCCUGGAUGGAGGAAGGCAUUGAGAACAGCCCUGAGAUACUACAGGCCUUGGAUUUUGACCUGGAGGGCAAAGUGAACCUCCGUGAGCUGACUGUGGCUCUGGAGAACGAGCUCCUCGUGACUAAGAAUGGGAUCCACCAGGCUGCACUGGCCAGCUUUAAGGCUGAGAUCAGAUAUCUACUUGAGCGUGUUGAUCGUGAACGCAGAGAGAAAGAGAAGAUUCGCUCUGACCUGGACAAAGCGGAGAAGUUAAAAACCCAGCUGGCUGCUGAGGUGGACGAGCAUCACUCUGCCAUCGAACGCAUGAAUGACCUCAACCUUAGGAAGCUGGAGCAGGAACACAGGGAGAAGCUGGUGUCUGUCAGGUCAGAGCUCAUUAUAGAGAUGGACCAGAUACAGCAGCAGAAAGAGAAACUGGAGGCAGAGAUGGAGAAAAUCAGAGACGAUGAGACCUUCCUCAGAGAUCACCUCUCUCUCACUGUCAAGGAAAGUAGGUGUCUGGAGAUGGAGCUGCUGGACAGCACUGAGAAACUGUUAAAGGCAGAGAGCCAAGUCAGCGAACUGCAGAAGAAUCUGGAUAACAUCCUGAAGGAAAAGUUUGGGGACCUGGACCCAGGAAGUGCAGAGUUCUUCCUACAGGAGGAGCGUCUCGGACGGCUCCGCAGCAGCUAUGAGGAACAGUGCCGGGAGCUGCAGGAUCGUAUUGAUGAGCUUCAAGCAGAGCUGCAGGAGUACCACAACUUGGGCCGCACCUCUCAGCCCUGUCUCAAACCCUCGCUCUCUGAGGAGCUGGGGAGUACGAGUCCUGGCAUGGAGUCAGACCCAGGCCUGGGCUCGGAGGAGGGCCAGCCAUUGUUCAACAUGAGCCUGGAGGCAGAGAUGAUGCUGGAGCAGCUGAAAGAGAAGCACCUCCAAGAGAUGGAGGAUCUAAAGGCUCAGCUGGAGAGCAAGGUGAGUGAAUUUGACCAGAAGGUGGAGGAGCAGAAGACUGACCUGGAGACCCAGAAGGCAGCCUUGUCUCUGCAGUACAUGGAGGAUAUCCAGGCUCUACACGUGGAGAUGUCCAGCAGCCAGAACAGAGCCCUGGAGCUCCAGGCCCAGCUAGAGCAGGCAGAGGAGGAGCGGGCUGGCUUGGAGCAGAGGCAGGCUGGGGAGAGGGAAGAGCUGGAGCACCAGCAAGAGGACGAAGUGAGCAGCCUGAAGCAGCAGCUCCUAGAGGCCCACACCCAGGCUGCCGACCUGGAGGAGCAGCUGAAGGAGCUGGAGGCCCAACAGGCGAAGGCUGAGCUCGGCCUGGACACAGAGAUGCAGGAACUGAGGAAACUACAUGUCGCCGAACUCAACAAGCUGGACGAGGAGCACAAAGAGAUCCUUUUGACCAGGAUGGAAGAAGAGCGGGGGAAGCUACAGGAGGAGAGGGCGGAGGUGGAGAUGAGGCUGUUAAAAGAGUGGGAGAGGGAGAAGCUGGAGUUACAGCAGAGCCACGGGGAGACAGUGAAGGCUAGGAUAGAGGAGCUGGAGAUGAGACUCAUGGAGGAGUGGGAGAGGGAGAAGCUGGAGUUACAGCAGAGCCACGAGGAGACAGUGAAGGCUAGGAUAGAGGAGGUGAGUGUCAGUUUGCAGGCGGAGCGAGAGGAGCUGGAGAUGAGACUCAUGGAGGAGUGGGAGAGGGAGAAGCUGGAGUUACAGCAGAGCCACGAGGAGACAGUGAAGGCUAGGAUAGAGGAGCUGGAGAUGAGACUCGUGGAGGAGUGGGAGAGGGAGAAGCUGGAGUUACAGCAGAGCCACGAGGAGACAGUGAAGGCUAGGAUAGAGGAGGUGAGUGUCAGUUUGCAGGUGGAGCGAGAGGAGCUGGAGAUGAGACUCAUGGAGGAGUGGGAGAGGGAGAAGCUGGAGUUACAGCAGAGCCACGAGGAGACAGUGAGGGCUAGGAUAGAGGAGCUGGAGAUGAGACUCAUGGAGGAGUGGGAGAGGGAGAAGCUGGAGUUACAGCAGAGCCACGAGGAGACAGUGAAGGCUAGGAUAGAGGAGCUGGAGAUGAGACUCAUGGAGGAGUGGGAGAGGGAGAAGGCUCAGUUGAACAAGCGGAAUAACGAGUCGCUGCAGACCAUGUUAGAGGAGGCGAUGUUACGACUCGUCAAGGAGCAGCAGAACAGGGAGGCCAGGCUCACUGAGCAGUGGGAGCUGGAACGAGCUCGGCUUCAGAAGUGUCAUGAGGCGGCUCUCCUCACCAGGUUAGCCGAGGAGCACCUGAAGCAGCAGGAGGAGACUGAGAGGAGGCUGAGGGAGAACUGGGACAGGGAGAGACUCCAGCUGGAGGGGGACUAUGAGGGGUUGUUUCAGGAGCGGCUGCAGGAGGAGAGGCAGAGCCUAAAGGAGGCCCACAGACAGGCCAUGCAGGAACUGAGUGCCAAACACCAUGAGGAGAGAGAACAGCUCAGCGGUCUACGGGAUGAACUGCGGGAGGACAUCGCUGAGAAAAGGCGUGAGGCGGGUCGUCUAGUAGAGGAGAACCUUUUACUCAGACAGAAGAUCUCAACGCUGAAGGAAGAGGACCUGAGAGACAGCCAAGAGGAGAUGCUCUUGAAACUGGAGCAUUUCAGGAAGGAGAAGCAUUCUGCGCAAAAGAAGGCAGAGAGUUUCAAGAGACAGAUCUCAGUGCUUCGUCUCCGCAGUCAGCAGCUGGAGGAUGAGAACGGGCUGCUGUCGGAGAAGAACGCCCAGAAUGCAGCAGGAGUGGAGGGGUGGAGCCAACAGCUGGGGGAACUGCUCAGACAGAGUGAGAGACUGGAGGCUGUCAGAGACCAGCAACGUACUGUACCUGGGGAUGAGAGGAUGAAGAUGGCAGUGUGUGUGUCUGCCCUGGAGGCGGAGCUGACCAACGCUGUGGAAGGGACUGUACUUCUAGAGGAGGGCAAGGCCCAGCUGGUGCUACAACUCAACACCCUCGGAGAUAAGGUGGCUAAGAUGGGGGCUGUAGAGUGCCAGCUCUCUCUCCUCCUGCAGGAACGCAAGGCUAUGGAAAAACACACCCAGGGAUUACGCAACCAGCUAGCCAAGUCUCAGGAGAGGAACCAGGUGUUGGAGGAAAGUCUUCGGUCUGUUAACCUCCAGAGCGCCCGUCUCAAGUCAGACCACCGCGUGUCACAGCAAGAGAAGGACGCCCUCAAACAGGAAGUGAUGUCACUGCACAAACAGCUGCAGAACGGCAACGAUAAGAACCAGGUUCUGGAGAUGGCCCUGCACUCCAGCGGAUACCAGAGCCAGCAUAAGAAGCUGUACCAGGACGAGCUGGCCAGGCUGAUGGAACAGGAACAGCAGCUGCUGAGGCAGGAGAACGAGAGGCUGACCAUGGAGCUCCACCACACCAGGGAAAAGCUGGAGGCAGCCAUCUUAACCGUGAAGCAGCAGAAACAGCAGGGCCAGUCCAGCGUGGGGAAGACUGUAGAACAGGAGAAGACUGCUCUGAAGAGAGAGCUGGACGGGAUGCAUCAGGAGCUACUCUCUGCUCAGAACAAGGUGUGUGAGGUUCAGCGAGAGCUGGAGAGUCUACGUCAGGAGAAUGAGGGGCUGAAGACCCAACAGGUUCCACUACAGGCCUGGCUUCUGGAGGCCCAGCUGGGUGGUCUGCUGCCCCCCUCCCCUCGUAGGAUGCCUGGUGAGUGGAGAGGACAACACUGCGAGAACGACCACAACCCAGAGAACAUGCAGGGUGCUGCAAUGCCAGAACAGAGGGCCGCACAUGCAGACAGCUACCGGAGGAUCGGUGGACUCUGACUGACAGCAGCUUGGCAGUUUCAAACAUCCCCUAGUCCAGUUUCCUUACUUUCCGUCUGUCCUCCUAACCCCAGCCCCACCUGAUUCUCCAAGACUCAUCUCCCCUGAAUUGUCUACCUGCCAGUUUCUAACUCCCUCCAAACCUGUCCUCCUCGCCUAACCCCAGCCCCAACCCAGUCCUCCUCGCCUAACCCCAGCCCCAACCCAGUCCUCCUCGCCUAACCCCAGCCCCAACCCAAUCCUCCAGGAAUUCCCUGAAUUUCCCCAUAUCCCACUUGCUUGAAGCACUGGAAGAAGGAAACUUCUGGGAGCUUGUUACUCUGCCUUCCGUCCUUAUAGGAGAUAACCAGUGAUCUGAAUGGGGUGUUCGAUUACAGCUCAGGGUAAGGGGAUGUGUAAUGAGUGUGUGCAUCCACUAGGUGGCGUAUGAGAGUAACAGGCUAGUUUUUUGUUAUUUUCCUCAAAUCAAAGUGCUUUCUUCAGCUCUUAAGAGCAGGUGAACUGUUGAGUCAAACAAAUGAUCAUGAAAUAUUCUCUGAUUUCAGUAGAUUCCUUGUUCCAACAAUGUAUUAUGUGAAAUAUUUUACAAGAUAUUUCAUAUUGAUAUUUUUUGCACUUAACCCUCAAUAUCAAUUGAUUUAGAUUUUUGUUUAUCUUUGUCACAUUUAGGAUUUUAAUAACCUUUUUGUUGGCGAACAUGCUCACCUCUCACUACAGGUACGGUAUAUCUGAAAGUACUGUGGUUUAUUGUAAACUGGACCAGUUCAUUACCAACAGUAUUGCACUCGAAAGGACCAACAACCAGUUUUGAUUGUAAACAAAUGAAACGCAUUUUUCAUAAUAUUUAUCAGAAUGCUUUAAUUCAUGUUCCAUCACGUGUAUCAUGUUAGUUUAGUCUCUGGUUCUUCAGGAUCUUUGUUUCAUAUUCUCCCAUCACGUGUAUCAUGUUAGUUUAGUCUCUCUGGUUCUUCAGGAUCUUUGAUAGUCCAGGCUGAACUCAAAAUAAUAAGAUCCACGUCUCAGGGUCUUUUUAGAUCAUGUCAAACCACAGUUUUAUUCUCUAUUGCUCUGUGUGCUUCUGUUCAUUUUUUAAAUUUAAAUUAAAAUCAUCAUGAUGUGUAUUGUAUUUCAGUUUUGUACAAUGUAUUUUUUAAGUUUCUGGAAAAUAUAAUUGUAAUAUUUAUUCCUUUGUGUUUAUCCAUUUUGUAUUUAGCUGUGAUGUCACUUUUUCAUAAAUGCACUACAAUGUAUUUCACUGGAAAUAAUCAAGAGAAAUAAAGCAUUUC